UGUGACUUAGAGAACAACAUAACCGAUGAGGAAUUGAACGAUAUGAAAACAACAUAUAGCUUUACCGAUGUGAUGCGAGCAUCGGCUAAAGAGGAUUUUGGCAUCCAAGAAGCUUUCACAGCAGUAGCCAAACGGCUAGGUUAUGAUCAGAAGCUAUGCGGCUAUAUCCUCCACAUUCGUCUCACAGUGCUGACUCUCGGCAGUGAAGAAGCUGUAGUAGUAGUAGUAGCUCCUCGUGUUUGGAAUUGCAGUCGUGAGGAUGCGCGAAUGGAAAUUGGUGCCCUUGGGCUUCUACCAGUAGAAACUGGCUCAACUCUGGAUUCACGAGCAGAACAUAAUGGGCAUAAGCUAGUUGCGUGA